UCCAAAAUUGAAAACCUGUUUCUCUCUCUCUCUCUUUCUCAAAUUCCGUUGUCAACAGAGAGAGCUCCCUUCAGUUUCAAACGCUGCAUGUCUCUGUAUCCAUUUUUGCAUAUAUUUAUAUAAAAAAAUCAAAACAUCGUUUUCUUUGUUUCAGAAUUCAAAACCCAUCUUUUGAUAUUCCUGUAAAACCCAUCAAAACCAUCUUCUCAAUCUUUGUUUCUCCCAUUUUAUGGCGGGAACUUGAAUUCUGGCGAAAACGAUUUCCAAGCUUUGAGAUUCUGUGAUUUUUUUUUUGGCAUUUGGGUUUUGUAUCUGUAAAUAUAAGUGUACAAAAUCUAUUCUUUUGAUUGUUUUCUUUCUUUGAUGGCGAACCCAUCUGGUACCCAUCAUCAAGAUGCAAAUCAUGCGUCCUCUUCUUUUAGGGGAGCAAAUCCCAAUAACGGACACGGGAAUUCAGGUCCGGAGAGUUCUGGUACAGGGAUGAAACAUAACCCUGGUAUCUCCACACAUUGGAGCCAGGAAGAGCUAGCAAUUCUCCAAGAUGGUUUAGCUAAAUAUGCUGCAGAAUCAAGCAUAAUUCGUUAUGCAAAAAUAUCGACGCAGCUGCAAAAUAAGACAGCUCGUGAUGUUGCAUUGCGUUGCAGAUGGAUGACUAAAAAAGAAAAUAGCAAGAGAAGGAAGGAAGAUAAUUUACCAAGGAAAAGCAAAGAUAAAAAGGAAAGAGUUGAUGAUCUUUCAGUGAAGGCAUCUCACUCCAUGGGUAGUCCUAACAUUCUUCCAUACGCAACUCCAAUGAUUCCGAUGGAUUAUGAUGAUGGCAUUUCAUACAAAGAUACAAAUGGAAAAGUAUAUUCAAGUAGAGGAAGAUUUCAACCCCUUAGUGGUGUUACAGAGGAGCUUCUUGAGCAAAACACAAAGGCCUUAAAUCAAAUAUCUGCUAAUCUUUCUACCAUGCAGCUACAGGAGAACGUCAGUCUGCUCUGCCAAACUCGUGACAACAUUCUCAAGAUUAUGAAUGAGUUGAAUGACGUGCCUAAUUUAAUGAAGCAGAUGCCACCACUUCCAGUCAAGUUGAACGAAGAGCUGGCUAACACCAUCCUGCCCCGUUGUGUGAAUUUUCCGUGAAAUGAUCAUGACCCUUGAUCAAUGACUAUCCUUCUCAAUCAGAUCAUCCUACCUCAACUAAUCUAAUCUAUAGACAAUGGGAAUAACCACCAGCCAAUUGAGCUUUGAUUUUGCAUUGGAGAUGGAGUUUAGUUCAUCAUGCUGUAAAUAGUAGUGGUUUUUGUUUUUGCUGCCUUCAUUAUAGUUUUACUUAGAAGAAAUGGUUCGUGGCAUAGAAAGUGAUUUGGUUUCUACGUAGAAAUCAGGGAAUGAGGAAUGAUAAAUGCUUUGUGCUUUUAUUUGCCGAUUAUUACAACAAUAUCAUUUGUUUAAUUUUAAUAAUUUUAAAGGUGAGUUUUAUAUUUAUUUCAUAAUCAAAAUUGAGUUUGGAGGUGCUUA